AUAAGGGUGUUCUAUUUAAUUGGAAUCUUUUCAUCCUUGCUGUUUAUCGAAUAUUAUACGAGGACAAAUAAUGCUUGCAAACGUUGCGAGCGUCAAGUGGAGUGCGCGUUUAUAAAAUCUUUAAUGUCCAAAUUUUUCAUAGUCAUAAUUCUUUCAACAUAUUACUGUAUUUCAACAUAAGUCUAUCUUUGUCUCACGUAUGGUAAAUCGUAAUACACGAGACAAAGACAGACUGAUUUUGAGAUCUAAGGAACGACAAACGUGGUCCCGAAGCGUCCGAUCGCGCCAUCUUGGUGCGUCUCCUAGAAGCUGCACGCUCGUAAACGGUUUCCGCUUGUCUUCCCGGCAUCGGGCCAUAUUCUAAUCCCUCCGUUAGCCGCAAACAAAACGCUGCGUCCCUAACCUGGGAGUCUUCCGAGGAGGAGUACGUGGCGUCGGCGACGGCGUCCUGAUUGUGGUGUCGUCCCGCGCCGAGUUGGCGUAAUCCGCGAUGGACGAGGACGUGAUCGAGAUCGAGAGUGUGGAGAAUGUCUGCAGACUGUGCCUUUCCACGGAUAGGCCUAGGUCCUCGGUGUUCGCAACACAAGACGAUGAGAAGGAAGGCUCGUCUGGUGUGCCGUUGGCCACCAAGAUCCAGACCUGUCUAUCCAUCCAGAUUUUAACAACUGAUAAAUUGUCCACAUUGAUAUGCGCAAAUUGCGUGAAAAACGUCAAUCAAUGGCAUACUUACAAGGAGUCAUGUCUGCGUUCUCAAGACAAACUACAAGAAUGGCUGGCAAAUCAAAUACAAUCAAACCCUAUGGUUAUAACAAUUAAGGAUGAACCAAUGGAUUUUGAUUAUGAAGAUAAUGUAGAAAUUAUAUCUGAGAUCACCAAUAAUUUGGAACAAUCAUUACCAGCUCAGGAAGUAGAAAAUAAUGACUCUAAUGAUGACAAAGAUGACAAUGUGCAAGAUGUAACAGCUAACAACGAUAUGCAGGAUGUAACAGAUAACAACGAUGUGCAAGAUGUAAUGGAUAACAGCGAUAUGCAAGAUGUAACAGAUAACAGCGAUAUGCAAGAUGUAACAGAUAACAGCGAUAUGCAAGAUGUAACAGGUAACAACGAUGUGCAAGAUGUAAUAAGUAACAGCGAUGUGCAAGAUGUAACAGAUAAUAAUGACGUGCAAGAUGUAACAGAUAAUAAUGACGUGCAAGAUGUAACAGAUAGUAAUGACGUGCAAGAUGUAACUGAUAAUGAUGCUAACGAUACUAAUGAAAAUUCUGAAUCAAUUCCACUUGUUGAGACUGUAGAAGUGGAAAAGGAGAUUGAUAAAGAAGAAAGUCAAACGAAUCAGCAGGAUUCCAUUGCUCUGUGUUCUAUUAAGAGCGAACCGCAAGAUGAUGAUACCGAUUGUACCGUAGAAUUAGAAUCCACGAAUAGCAAUGAGUUACUGUUGAAUUCCAUGGCAGAUGAGACAGAGGACAUAGUCAUGGAAGCCGAUUCCACACAGAAGUCCAACUUAGCUGGCGCACCGCCUAAAAAGAAGUUGAGACGUGGGCCUCACACUCACUUCAGAGGAACGCGUGUCUUUAAGCAAAAAUGCACGCAUUGUCAGAUAUUUCUACAUUCUAAGUAUUCGUUUAUGAAGCACAUGGAAAGGUUUCACAGUAAAGAAAAUGGUAUCGGGAAUUUAGAGUCACAGAAUGAUGACGAAGAGAUGGUUGAAGAUUUGGAAGAUGAACUUGUCAGCAUGGAAAAGGACUCACCACUAACGCAAGUCCAACAGGACAUUAUUAGUCAACUAAAGACUUUCUCUUGCUACUCUUGUGAACAGACUUUUAACGAUCGACGCAGCACCCUUUCUCACAUACGUCAACAUUUGCCGGAUUUGAGGCCGUAUACAUGUAUCGCCUGUCUGACAGAAUUUCCAGAUCGAUCGAUGUAUCAAUUACAUUGCGGAGCUUCCUUUGAAUGUGCUAUGAAGAUCGCCCUAGUCGUACCAAAAAUCGGUAAUGAGCGAUACUUUACAUGCAACAUGUGUUUGCGCUCAAUGCAGGGGAGGAAGGAGUUGCUCAGUCACUUGUCGAAACAUUCUGACAAGCAAUAUGAGGAGAUGAUGGGGCCGGCGCGAGCCCCGCCCAAACUGAAGCCGAUGGCGCCGUUGCCAUCCGGGAAAAGCAGCGUGCCCAAUAAAAAUGUUGAUGGACUGCCUUACAAAAACGGCGAUCCAAUGCAUAAUCAUGUCUGCGAUCUGUGUGGCAUGAUCUACCGAUAUCGGCCCAAUAUGCUUAAACACAAGGAGAUGUGUAAGCAGUUGGAUCCGCAAAGCAGAACAUUAUAUAAAUGCGUACAUUGUUACAUGACGUUUCUUGUAUUUAAUAAGUUCCAUUAUCACUUUACAUCAGAGCAUAAGAAGAAGGAUUUUAUUUGUGCCGUGUGUUUUUCCAAGUUCCGAUCGCCUAGCGAUUUCCUGAUUCAUCACGAGACUCAUCGCGAAGCAGUGCAAAGUAAUCUGCAAAGUAAUCAGCAAAUGCAGUAUGACGAUACUUCGCAGAAUACAGUUCAGACACCAUUGAAGGAACGUAAUGCUUACGAAACAAAUACCAAGUCAAGAAUGAGUUCGCGAAUAUCAAGUCAGAAAUUCAGUUGUCCGCUCUGCCCCCAGGAGUUCUCUACAAAGGCCGAGUUGAAUGAGCAUCGGACUCUCCAUCUAAAAGUAAAAAUAUACUCAUGCGCUAUUUGCCGUAGUAUGUUCAGCAGCGCCGGUGCCUUGGAGAUUCACAUGAAGGAUCACGGUAUUGAGGACCCGAACGAAAGAAACGCCAAUGUCUCUUGCGUGGAAUAUGGCAACUUAGAAGAGGACGUUAGACUCGAUAUGAAUGCUAGUGCUGUUUCUGAUCCUGGUACUCAAAUUCACAAGUGUGGCGAGUGCGGUAAGGUGAUGUCAAGUUACGCUAAUCUUCGACGACAUGUCAAAAUAGCUCACCGAAAUUCUAAGAUCUAUGAUUGUGUCGAGUGUUCGCGAAUGUUCAUGCGUAAAGAUCUAUACGAAAAUCACAUGAUGGUCAAGCACAACAGCAAGAAGACAAUGAUACAAUGUCCGCAGUGCCCUAAGAGUUUUGUCUUCCAAUCAAAUUUCUCUUAUCACUUCCGUACUGCUCAUCUCGAAAAAUCACAGACUGGUUAUGCCUGCGAUAUCUGCGGCAAAGUCUUUGUCGAAGAAGCAUCUUUAAAAAUACACAGGGGUUGGCAUAAUCGCGCCAACUCGCGUCUGAGUACUCGGUUUAUACUGGGCAAUCAGAAGUCACCUAAAAAUACGCAGAAGGUACCGAGCAAUGUUGAAUCUGGUGAGAUUUCAGAACGGCCGGCGAGAGCACGGAAAUCAUUCCCUAAUCCUCCACUUCAAUCGCCAGAGAGGACAUUAGGAAAUUUCCAAUGUCAAGUAUGCAAUGAUAAAUUUAACGACGUCACAGAGUUGAGAACCCAUCUGUGGGACGUCCACUGCGCCCGCAACAAAGCAGAAAAAAGUUUCUCUAACGACGAGCUUCAAUGCGAACUCUGCACCAAUAUUUUCCCUGAUCAAGAAACUCUAGCUUCUCAUAUGCGAUGGCACAAGGCCAAUCCGAUUCUCAGUGACAUACAAAAGACAUUCUCCUGCGACGUAUGCGGCAAAUCUUAUAGUUCAAAGAAGGUUCUAUGGAAGCACAAGAGGCUUCACAAGGCUACCGUUGUAGCUUCGUUCAAAUUCCAAUCUUUAGCUAGAAAACCGAUGGCUACACAAUUCUUAUGCAACUUCUGCCGCAAAGUUUUUUCUAGCAGUCAAUCUCUGCAGCGGCACAAACUCACCUUCCACAGUGAGCUGCAGAAUCCACAGCGCCCGCACCAACAACAGCUGUACAACAAUCGAGCAUCGUUUGAGGAUGAGCCGAGGACAAAGCGUACGAAAUAUGACCAUGUCAUCGAAAAUGACAAUUCACAGGCUAAGCUUUCUCCUUUCGCUAUGGACUUUGCUGGUGAAAGAAGGAAACCGGUCAUGUGUCACGUUUGCAAGAAAAUGUUCCCUAACAUGAGCGUUCUGUACAAGCACAAGCAAACCGUCCACAAGGCCCGUGGAAAUAAAGACUCGAUACCCGAAUGCAUACCGAUGUCCACCGAUGACGGCAAAUUUUCGUGCAACAUCUGUUUCAAGGAAUUCCCUGGUUUGUCGAAUCUGCGACAGCAUUUCACGAUCAAGCACAAGAAGGCAGCACAGUCCGAAGCUAGCAACGCAUCGAACAAUGACAGAUUGUCGCUUCCGACACCCGAACGACCAAGAGAAGUUCCUACCUACGAAGUGGCCUACAAUAACGUGAUGUACAGUUGCAAACUGUGCAAGCAGUGCCAUGUCUUCAAUAAGGAAUCCAUCAUAACCCAUAUUACUAAUGUUCACAAUACGGUGUACCAGGCCGAUAGCAAGACGUUCCAUAGAGAGGUCAAUCUGAGCACUUACGUAGUGAAAGACGCAAUCGGAGCUACUUGCCCGGAAUGUGACGUCAAAUAUCCCAACAACAGAGCUCUGAAGAUACACUAUAUAAAGUUCCAUGAGAAUGCCGAUUAAAAUCAUUGUUAAAGCCUGGACAUUGAUUGGGCCAGACAGGAAAAAAGAUUUUUUAAUUACAAUCAUAAAAAUCAAUAGACCUCAUCAUGAUUUUUUCCACACGCUUAUAUAUAAGCGGUAUAUUCCUAAAUUGUAUUAAUUAGCAUUAUAAUUUGUUUUCUCAAUGAGUCGAACAAUUAUUAUUUAACGAAAUAAUUUUUUGCAAAUUCCGCAUCUUUAUAUCAAUUGACAUGUAAAAUGAAAGAAAAAAAAGGUACAAGUAUUGUUACCAUAAUUUCGUGAACUUAAAUAAUGAGAAAACAAAUACAUUAUUUUAAGAUACAGGAGGUGUAGUAUUUUAAUUGCACACUUCACAUAUAGUAAUUUUGUUUGAAAAUAUUCAAAAUAUACUUUGUUUAAAUAUAUUUUUUAGUUUAUUUUUUUUCUAACAUAAAUAAUUAAAAUAUUUGAGAUGUGCAAUUGAAAUAGGUUAUCCUGUACAUAUUGUUACGUUAAUAAAACUUAUUUUGCGAAUAAUUUUACAGGCGAAAAUUUAUGUAUGAAUAAUUUGUUUCAAUUCAUAACUGUUUCAUAUAGCGACUGUAUAACUGCGACCAAUGAGGUAUGUAAAUAUCGAAGUGGCUAUAGAAUAAACUAUAUAUAUGGUGAAUUCAUGAAACUUUGCAACCUCUCGGUGCAGUUACGAUAAGUUGAUCGCUGCAGUCAGGUAUACCUGCAUGACCAAUUUUUCCAGGAGAUUAAACUUUUAAUGUGUUUGUUCACGUGUAUCAUGCUAUCGAUUUUAACGUGUGUAUGUUAGGAAUUUUUCUUUAAAAAGGCAUAAUAAAUAGAAUAAUUUUAAAUAUAAUUAAAUUAUCUAAAUAUAAUUAAAUUAAAUUAAUCGAAUUUUGGUACAUUUCUCAAUAUCCUUACCUGGUUGCAGUGAUAAUGAUGAUAACCACCUCGGGGAUAUUACACAAUAAUUGCUUAAAUUUCUUUAUCUACACUAUAGAUACAUUGGGUAGAACUAUCAUUAUAUAUGUAUGCAAAUAAAAAUCAUAAAUAUCUUGCUUAUAUGUAACAGUAUUUAUUAAGAAUCUCCCUUUUUUUUGAUUGUUUUUGCUUAAUUUGACAAUUUUGCGCGUCUUCGUUCCUUUUGUUCUUUUCUUUCAUCUUCUUAAGCUGCAUUAGCUAUGCGUUACAUUAGUUACUAACUACGUAUUUGUAUUUCCAAUGUAUGAAUUAUAGCAAUAAAAGAAAGAAAAAGGAA